AUGACUUGUCUUUCUGAAUUUGCAUUUUGCAGUGCCAUAGAGAACGGGAGCCCACCUGACCCUGUAGACUGGGAGGUCAUAGAUGUCGUCAAUUAUUUCCGUGCCGUGGGAUUCGCAGAACAAUCCAUUGCUUUUCAAGAACAGGAAAUUGAUGGAAAAUCCCUGCUGCUGAUGACAAGGAAUGAUGUGUUGACAGGACUUUCAUUAAAAUUGGGUCCUGCUCUGAAAAUCUACGAAUAUCAUGUAAAACCUCUGCAGACACGGCAUUUAAAGAACAACUCCUCAUAG